CUGGGGUUGGUGCGGGCUCCUGGCUUGGCCGCACUUGGCCGCACUAGUGUUGCAGCGGUUUUUGUGUCCGGCUUGGGAUUUGCUUUGUGUGUGCGACUUUCCGCUGUGCUGCGCAGCGCAAGUCUCGGCCGGGAGCCGUGAGAUAGGAGGCGGCAGCUCGACCCCCCCCACCCCCGGGGCAAAGAGCGAGCGCGCCGGCGUGAGCGGCGGGUGUGAGGGCUACGGGAAGGGGAUUCGCCGCCGAGAUGCCGGAGUUCCUGGAAGACCCCUCGGUCCUGACCAAAGAGAAGUUGAAGAGUGAGCUGGUCGCCAACAAUGUGACGCUCCCGGCCGGGGAGCAGCGCAAAGACGUGUACGUGCAGCUCUACCUGCAGCACCUUACGGCGCGCAACCGGCCGACGCUCGCCGCGGGUGCCAACAGCAAGGGGCCCCCGGACUUCUCCAGCGACGAGGAGCGCGAGCCUACCCCGGUCCUCGGCUCCGGGGCCGCCGCCGCGGGCCGCAGCCGCGCCGCCGUCGGCAGGAAAGCCACAAAGAAAACGGAUAAACCCAGACUAGAAGAUAAAGAUGAUCUAGAUGUAACAGAGCUCACUAAUGAAGAUCUUCUCGAUCAGCUUGUGAAGUAUGGAGUAAACCCUGGUCCGAUCGUGGGAACAACCAGGAAACUAUAUGAGAAAAAGCUAUUGAAACUGAGGGAACAAGGAACAGAAUCUAGAUCUUCUACUCCUCUGCCAACAAUUUCUUCUUCAGUGGAAAAUACAAGACAGAAUGGAAGUAAUGACUCUGACAGAUACAGUGACAAUGAAGAAGACUCUAAAAUAGAGCUCAAGCUUGAGAAGAGAGAACCACUAAAGGGCAGAGCAAAGACUCCAGUAACACUCAAGCAAAGAAGAGUUGAGCACAAUCAGAGCUAUUCUCAAGCUGGAAUAACUGAGACUGAAUGGACAAGUGGAUCUUCAAAAGGCGGACCUCUGCAGGCAUUAACUAGGGAGUCUACAAGAGGGUCGAGACGCACUCCGAGGAAAAGGGUGGAAACUUCAGAACAUUUUCGUAUAGAUGGUGCAGUAAUUUCAGAGAGUACUCCCAUAGCUGAAACUAUAAUGGCUUCAAGCAACGAAACCUUAGUUGUCAAUAGGGUGACUGGAAAUUUCAAGCAUGCAGCUCCUAUUCUGCCAAUCACUGAAUUCUCAGACAUACCCAGAAGAACACCAAAGAAACCAUUGACAAGAGCUGAAGUGGGAGAAAAAACAGAGGAAAGAAGAGUAGAAAGGGAUAUUCUUAAGGAAAUGUUUCCCUUCGAAGCAUCUACACCAACGGGAAUUAGUGCUAGUUGCCGCAGACCAAUCAAAGGAGCGGCAGGCCGACCAUUAGAACUCAGUGAUUUCAGGAUGGAAGAAUCUUUUUCAUCUAAAUAUAUUCCUAAGUAUGUUCCUUUGGCAGAUGUCAAGUCAGAAAAGACAAAAAAGGGACGCUCCAUUCCCAUGUGGAUAAAAAUUUUGCUUUUUGUUGUUGUGGCCAUUUUUUUGUUUUUGGUCUACCAAGCUAUGGAAACCAACCAAGGAAAUCCAUUCUAUCAGUUUAUUUCUAAUAACUCUAAAAAUGCCAACUGAACAAUAUCUCUUUGGCACAUUCAACUUGGUCUCCUAUUUUUAAUAACUGUAUAAAAAAAACAUUUGCGUACAUUUCUUGACUCAAGAACAAAAAAAAUGUGAUUUCACCUCAAUAAAUGUAAUAUUCCAUUGAAAAGCAAACAAGAUAUAUAUAAAUGGACUUCAUUUAAUGUUUUGGACUUUGGACUAGGAGAUCACUUCGUGCCAUAUGAAUAAUCUUUUUUAGCUCUGGAACUUUUUUGUAGGCUUUAUUUUUUUAACGUGGACAUCUUAUUUCUUUUUUGAGAAAAAUUAUAUUGUUUUUGUGUAUUUGGGAAACAAGAAGGGCAAAACAUGGUGGUAUAAUGUGAAGCUAUACAUUUAAAUACUUUGAAUUCUUACAGAAAAGAUUUUAAGAAUUCUCUGCUGAAUAAAAACUAGAGAUGUGAAACAUGAAAUUCGGUAAGAGAAAAAGUAAUUUGGGAUUGUUCUUUUUGUAACUGCAACGAAGUUUGAUGGUGUUUAUGGGGGAAAGUAUAGCGAUAAUCUCCUGUAAUUUUAUCAAUAGUAAUGUUAUUGUAGCCCUAUUGUACUCACUUUUUAAAAUAUUUCUAGUAUCAUGAAUGUCCAACCCAUUUAGAUGCAGUUGAUUUUUAGCAGGGAUCUAUCAGUGUAACAUGUCCGUGCUUUGGAGAACUGUUACAGCUGUCCAUGUUUUUAAAAAACAGCCAUACAUGUUUUUAAAACCUGUCUAGCUGGCUAUAAGGCUAAAAUUGGAAGCUCGUAACUUUUUAUUUACAACAGAACAUUUAUUCUGUCAAUCCAAUUUGUUACCAAAAUAUUUUUUAGAUAAAUAAGUGUGUGUGUAUUUAGAAGUUAGAAAUUUUAAACACCCAUCUUAGGUUCCAUUUGGAUUCCUUAGUGAAUUAUCUUCUGUUACCAAAAACAAAUUUUGCCAAGUUUUUGUUUUUUUGCACCAAAUUUCCCAACAUAAUUUGAUUUGAAAGUGUAAAAACCAUCUGCUUUUCAUUUUAAAUCACAUAGUGAACUUUUCUUGGAUACACAGGAUUUAUAAACUCUGAAAUUGAGGUGGGCAUUAUGAUUUUUGUUUACUCUUGAAAUGGUUAACUUUAUCUUUGUGAUUAAUUUUUUUAGCUAAAACUUACCUCAUGUAUAACUUGGUUUGGUAAAGUAGGUAGGUAUUUGAAAUUUCCAUAGAAUCAAGUAAAACAAAAAUUUUGAACUUAAUCAUUGAGUUUCGACUUUACAGUCAUUGACCAUAAAGCACAUUAAAAAUGUAAGUUGUUUUUAAAUAUCAUCUGAAAUAAAAAGAUCCUUUUUAAAAAGGAAAAGCUAAAGAUGUAUAUUGAGACCAACACACCAUUUUAAUUUGGAUCAGCCCUCAUCUGAUAAUUAGCUUGUAGAUAUUUUGUAGAUAUUUUUCGCUUACUUGGCCAUUGACUAGAAACAUUUAUAGUUCUGUUCCUGCAAAGGCAAUGGGAAACUUACUCCUACAUCAGAAAUGCUUGCCUCUCUGAGUAAAAGUGUAUCUUUGAAAUGAGCCCCAGAGGGAGCACUUUUACUCAGCCUUGCCUUUCUACAGCGAUAACAGUCUACUUGUACUUUCUUUGUUUCCCAUAUUGUUUUCAAUCUUUUGUUUAUAAUUAGAAGUUGUAAGAAGCUGCAUUUAAUGUUCAGAAAUAUGGGAAGAGAAAGCAGACUUAAUAUGUAUGUAAGAUCAAUUUUCUAAUAGGAAAGAUAUGUUCCAAAAUAGCUAAGUAGGUCAAGAUAAAAACAUGUAGUCUUUUUUUUUUUUUUCGUUUAAUGUGUACUUAGUCUUUUGUCUGUGUCUGUUUUAUUCCACUAGAAUAAAUGUGUCCUUGAUGUAAAUGCAAAGCAUUUCUUCCUGAUUAAAAUUGUAGAUGUAGACUUUACAAUAUAAUUCAGUAAUAAAAAUGUAAUUAACCUCUA